AGAAACUUAAAAUUAAAGAGCUCCGUGAUAUUAGCCUAGUUGGGUUAGGUUUUUAUCUCGAGCGAAUUUAUUCUCAUUACAUGUUCAUGUAGAAAAAUUUAUUUAGUUCGGUUAAUAAAAUUCUAAAUGUCACGUUACUCCUAAAUUUUGUGUAAUAAGUUUAUUUGUCACCCACCGCUUGCUCGUCUAUUAAUAAUCAAUCGCCAAUCAUCCCAACUAAACCAGCUACUCGACAUUGGUGAUCCCACUGCUAAUGCAAAUACUGUCUAGUGAAGGUUUUUUUUUUUUUAAAUAAAUAUUCAAGUGACCCAAGUUUAAGCAUUUAUAUUGUAUGUGAUAUUACACACGAAAAAUAAUGAGUCGACAUGAAGGAGUAAGUUGCGACUCCUGUUUAAAAGGAAACUUUCGGGGUCGCAGAUACAAGUGCCUAGUAUGCUACGAUUAUGAUUUAUGUGCUAGCUGCUAUGAAGCUGGAGCGACAACCACUCGACACUUAUCAGAUCACCCAAUGCAAUGCAUACUAACAAGAACUGAUUUUGAACUUUAUUACGGCGGUGAAGGUGUAAGUGUCGAACAACCUCAGUCGCUGACUUGUCCUUACUGUACCAAAAUGGGGUUCACCGAAGCAACUUUACAGGAACAUGUAGCAUCUGAUCACCCGGACACUACAUUUGAAGUGGUAUGUCCGGUGUGUGCAUCACUACCGGGUGGUGAUCCGAACCACGUGACAGAUGACUUUGCGAAUCACUUGACUGCGGAGCAUCGCAGCGGACCCAGAGAUUUGAUAUCUUUCUUAGACGAGCCGACAUCUUCUCGGCAUGGUCCUCGACGAAUACCACACUCUUCUCGUGGUGUCGGUGGUCAGCGAACUAGACGUGACGACAGGACCUUCAGGUCCAACAUGCUUUUCAGUUCAUCCGGAGGACUGAGUCCUAGCAGCCGUGACAGUAUAGACCCGAUCGCCGAAUUAUUGUCACAAUUGUCUGGAGUGAGACGUACUGGAACCAGCACUGGCCAGACUACACAAUUACAACAGUUGCAGAUGCAACUACAAUUGGAACGCCAACAAGUCAGGGCUGCUACGAGACAUCAGUUGGAGCGGCUGCCCAGAAGACAACCGCAGGCGAUUGGUUCUGUCAGCGGUGGAACAAGCGGAACUGGAAGUGCCGCAGGUGGAAGUGGCACCAGUAGCAGCGCUAUUGGUAGCACCAGCGGCAGUGGAAGCGCUGGUGGUAGCGGGAGCAGUUCUGGUACUGCUGGUAGUGCUAGUGGGAACCAUCAUCACUCAACAAUGGCAGGUGUCGUUGCUAACAGUUCAUCGAACAAUAACAAUACGAGUAAUGUUAACCCGUCCAGCGGAUCGUCUGCCAGUUCACAAAACUCUAUGUUUUUGUUACCUAGAUGCAUUACAACAAGCCUAUCAGAAAACCAACUUCAGAACAUAGAACGUGAUAAUGCAAAUCGUAGUUUAUUUGUGCGUGAAAUAGUACUUGGAACUCUCAGUCACACGGUAGCCGAAUUAACAGAACAAUUAGAAAAACAGCAGCUGGAGUUAGAGUCACAGACGGCAUUAGAAGCACUAAAAAAGUUGCUAAGAACUCCGACAACGAGUGAAGAAACUAGCACCACAACCUUAAGUGACUCUGCUGAAAGUAAUAAAGACAAAGACAAAGACAAGGAUGACAAACCUCUCGAAGAGAAUCAGUCUUGUCAUUCACCGCCAUCUGUGCCAGAAGCUCCCAGGGAACCCCAGGAACCUGUCACUUCAGCGCCACCUGGACAAGCUUCACCACAAACACAAUCCCAGUAUACAGUAGCCUCAAAUACGCAUACCACUGCUACUAGCAGCAUCGCUACCAACUUGCAAACCCAAGCUGGACUUCCAUCAGCUAAUAUUCAAACAAUUAUGCACAGCGUCUUACCUCCUCCACCGUUGGUACUGCAGCAACCACUGCCGCCAUUACCGCCAACCCGUAACACGGGAACCGGAACGAUCCGAGAGUCCUCGACAACAAUCGCCGGCUCGCAACCGCCAUACUUAACCACUCGAGGCGUUAACGUUACCAGCGGCGUUAACUCCGUCAACGUGACAAAUUCUUCUCGGCGAAAACCCGUCCGGUCCGUCGACGGACGGAACCAGUCAACGGAACCCCCACCACCCCACUAACGUCUAGAAUAAUUAUCUACUAAUAAUUAUCUAAACAACAAAUAAUUAACGCUUUAUUCAUUUAUAUUAUAAACUGUUUUUCUUUCUUUAUUA